AUGCUCCCUCCCGCUCCCUCCUGCUCCAGCACUUCCAGCGAGCUUGCUACGAAGACAUCACCCUCGCAAGCUCCUUCUCGAUGGACGUUCCCUAGCGUGUCGACGGCUCUUCGUGCUGUCGGCACGCAUUUGCUGAAGCACACAGGUGUCGGGAUCGUGUGCGCUGUCGCGUACUUCGACCCUGGAAACUGGGGUGUGGACCUGCAGGCAGGUUCACAAUUCGGCUACAAGCUCCUUUUCGUUGUCCUUCUCGCCGGCCUCUUUGCUGUCUACAUGCAGGUGCUCGCAUCUCGGCUAGGGUGUGUGACUGGUCUAGACCUUGCCUCGCACUGCCGACUGCUUCUGCACGAUCGUCCGCGCCACACUUUGCUAUGGCGUUGGUGUGUACUGUACCCGCUCUAUGCGCUCUCCGAGAUCGCCAUCAUCAGUACGGACCUCGCAGAACUCCUCGGCUCUGCGAUGGCGCUUGUCAUGCUCUUCCCGAAGCUCGAGAUCUGGGCCGGUGUGCUCAUUACGACCGCCGACGUCCUUCUCCUGCUUGCGAUGCGCAACCCGAUCGGCGGGCAGCCCGUACGAGCGUUUGAAUUGGGCAUUGCCGCACUGGUCUUCAUCGUCCUCAUCUGCAUGGCUGUCAUUAUCUCGAAGACGCAGAUCAACUGGGGUGACGCUUUUGACGGUUUCCUCCCGUCGAAGACGGUCUUUCGGUCAGACGGUCUCUACACUUCGAUAGGAAUAAUCGGAGCGACUGUAAUGCCUCACAGCCUAUUCUUGGGCUCGGCUCUCGCCACUCAGGACCGGGUCCAUUCAUCGCCGGCGGAGAACUCCACACUGGGCACCGAAACGUCUGUCUCUGUGCGAAACGCUCGCACGAUGGCCAAAAACUUCGUGAAGGCAUUACGGAUUACCUUUCAGGUCAAAAGGAUCGAGGAGAGGCCAGACGAACCCAAGUCGCACGCUGACUGGACCAACCAUCCACUUUCGUUCAUCCGGCAGCACUUGUCCCAUGGAAUCGUCGACAUGGUCAUCAGCCUUCUAGGCCUCGCUGUGGUAAUCAAUGCUUUGAUCCUGAUCCUGGCUGGUGCCGUGUUCUUCGUCAAUGGCGGGGGGUCAACGGGUCCUGCUGAUCUUUUCGACGCAUACGACCUGAUUCGUGAUCGUCUCGGUGUUGCUGCCGCAACUUUGUUUGCACUGGCGCUCCUAGCAUCCGGCCAGAGCUCCUCAAUUGUCGCAACUUUGGCUGCGCAAAUUGUGUCCGAGGGCUUCAUCCAUUGGACCACAUCUCCCGUCCUAACGCGCCUUCUCACCCGUUGCUUCGGGUUGAUUCCGUCCUUGGUGGUCGCCGUUGCUGUGGGUCGCCCCGGCAUCGCGACGCUGCUCGUCGCGUCUCAGGUUGUGCUAUCGAUCGUGCUGCCCUUCGUGACUCUCCCCCUGAUCUUGCUCACGUCGUCAAAGCGAGUCAUGACGGUCUACGACAAUGCGGAGUGCACCUCAACUUCAAGCGCGUCAUCAGAAGAACUUUCCGACGAUACGCAUAAGGAGAGUAAGACGGAGGAUCUUGGCGUUGACUUCUCGAACGGGAAAAUCACGAUAGCCAUCGGAGCGGUGAUUUGGGUCAUUAUCGUUGCGGCGAACGUGUACGCCAUCGUCGGUCUCGCCAUGGGCCAAGAGUAG